AUGGCACCUGAGACCAUACCUCCUGAAGCCUCCAAGCCCAAGUCGCAGAACAAGGUCCGCAAGCGCGCACCAAAAGCCUGUCUAUCAUGUCGCGCUCGCAAAGUCAGAUGCGACGUGUCUCAGCGAGGUCGCCCAUGUAUGAAUUGUUACCUCGACAGUGAGAACUGUGUUGUUACUGGGCGCGCCUCACGGUUUCGCAGAGCGCAGCAGGUAGAUGGCGCCGACACCACGGAGGGCGCAUACCCGCCGUACGACGCUGAUGCUGGCGAGCAACUUCUGGUCGUAGACCCCAUCACGACAACGAGCAACGACUCUCGGCCAGUUCCCUCAAACGAACCAGACGCCCAGCCCCAAACCUGUAAUCAUUCACAUGGCGACGAUAUCUCAAUACCAACAACCGCCGAGCGAUCAGAGAGUCCAGUACUUAUUAACAGCAAUACCCAGCAUGACCACCCAAAGCCAAGUUACCGUGCCCGCUCUUCAGUCGCGUCCACGAGCACAUACGAAGCCUUCCCUUCCAAUUCCUUACCGUUGAACAACCAACCAUUUACAACACCAUAUACCGCUGAUCAACGUAACACGAUGGGGAUAGACGUCACUUAUUCCUUUUACCCAUUCCUAGCACUAGGCAACCUUCAUGGCAUACCGCCACAGGAUGUUAACUACUUGGAGCUUCAGGGAUGUCUCCGGGUGCCAACGCGCACCAUACUGGACGAGCUUGUUCAACAAUACUUCCUGCAUGUCCACCCAUUACUACCAAUGGUCAAUGAGGGCGAUUUUUGGGAUGUCUACUGCGUGAACCCUGCGGGCUACGUGCCUAGCGACAAAAUUUCGCUGCUGGUCUUCCAGGCAAUGCUAUUCGCGUCCUGCAACUUCGUCUCCCGCCAGACUAUCAAGACCCUCGGCUUUCCCACGAUACGCGCCGCUCGCGCCGCUUUCUACAGACGUGCCAAACUCCUCUACGACCUCGAAUCCGAAUCGUCUCCUCUCGCAAUCUCACAGGCCUCCCUCCUCCUCUCCUUCUGGUCAUCGCCCACGUCUCCGGCCUUCCGCAAAUCAAACACAGCAUGGCUCUCUAUUGCGAUCCAAAAUGCAAAAAUGGUGGAAGCCCAUCACUACGCCACGCGCACAGCAUCUCCCAAGAAGCGCAACCUCCUCAAGCGGCUCUGGUGGUGCUGUAUCUUACGCGACCGCAUCGUCGGCCUGGGCCUCCGCCGCAGUCUGCAGAUCACCCGGAGUCACUUCACUUUUGACGCGAAUGAGAGUCUCGGGUUUUCGGACUUAGCCGAUGAGAUUGAGAGAAGUAGGGUGUAUAACCCAGGCACGAAACGGUGUUUGGCCGAGAUUUUGGAGCAACUAGUCGAGUUGUGUGUCGUGCUGACUGAUAUCCUGAUCCUGGUGUUUCCCCUGGAUGACAGGCCGGGCUGGGGCAGAGAGAUGCGAGCCGAAGAACAGGACAAGGUACGCGUAUGCAAGGUUGCGCUACAGAGGUGGUACAAGGGUGUGACUUUGCGGUUCCCCAUGUUUGGUGGUGGUUCUGUCGCGAGGAUCAAGACUCCUGGGAACGAGUUCCAACAUGACUCUGUGAUUUUGUACACCAAUCUGAUGUACAUGUAUUAUCACUCUUCUCGAGUUGUUCUCAGUCACCACGAAGUCCUACACCUCGCCAUCACCGCCGCAGCGCCAUCGUUCAACGCCAUUCCCACCUCUGAUCUAGUCAUCAUCGGGGAGAACCGACACGAGCUUCAGGACGCCGCUUCCGGGGUAACAGAGUGUCUGAAGGAAUUGAUCCAUCUUCGACUCGCCCGCUGGUUACCCAUUAGCGCUGUGGCUUGCACCGCUUUGCCAUUGGUCUUGCAUAUUCUCGACGUGAAACUUUCGGCCUCGUCGCGAUCCUUCGACCCCAAUACCCAAUCAGCUCUCAAGCAGCAUCGCCUCAACAUCCUCAUAGAGGCCAUGAAAACCUACCAACCGCAAUACGACGGCGUCGACUGGGUCAGCGAGACGAUUCGACACAUUGUCAACUUGGCUCAGAUAGAUUCGCCAGCACGAGGAGAGACCGCAAACGCAACCCCCGGCGGUGCAGUCAUUGCAGAUUGGACCGACAUCCUCGCCUCCCAGCCAAGCUCCUACCUCCGCCUCGCCCUGACGAUGGAUCUUUCGCUCAGCAAAGGACGGCUUCCCGAGGACGGUGACUUUCCGGUCAGUCUUCAGGGCCUCUUUACGGGAGGCUUCAAUCCGCUCAAGGCGCUCCUUGAGCGUAAGCGGAAAGAGAGCAGAGACGCGAGCGUGGGGCUCUCCGAGGCCGCGGAGCACGCCGUGGAGCGUAUGACGGAUUUUGACGCCGCUGCGAUGCGGGUGAACCUGUUCCGAAUGCAGCCGGGGACGGUCACGGCCAUCCCGUCGGACGAGGGCUCGACCUCGCCGGCGUCCGCGGGCAGCCACAGCCAAGACAGCGUGACGGACGACACCUCACCGCAAACCGGGGCAGAAUACCAAAGCAGCUGCGACGUCACUAUGACGGACCACCCGCCGUCGGAAGGGAUCGAUGGCCUGGCGGCUGAGGUGCUUGCGGCGUUUCCCUUGGACGAUCAGUCAGCGAGCGUGGACGGGGACUUUGAUGGUAUGUACUUUGACGGGAUGCCUGGGCACGACGGGCCUGGCGGGUGGAUCGAGACGGCGUGGAAUGAGCUUGCGCAGCACUCUUCGGCGGCGGCGGCGGGUGGCAGGAGCGGUGAGGAUCGGACGGAUCGGGAUACCGCGAGGGUUUUGCUUGAUGCGUUACGAGAGGGGGAGUUGGCGGAGUGUGCGGCUUGA